AUGCUCAGAGCAACGCGUCUUCCAUCCCCAGCAGCAGCAACAGUCUCUGCUCUCAGACCUUCUCUCGUUCCAUUCCAAACCUUCUCUUCCCUCCAUUGUUAUUCUCGCCUUCGUAAACUCGGCGCCUCUCCACCUCCACUCUUAAACCCUUUGUGCAGAAGAACCCUUACUUCUCCACCUUCUCUUGCCUACAAUAGGGCCUCUUUCUCCAUGCCAAUGGUGCCGGGUCGUCCACGCCCCAGAGCUUUAUCCUCUCCUGCAAGUGGCUCCGGAGUUGAAAGGGAAUUACUUGUACAACACUUGCUUGUCAAAGAAGGUGAUGAAAAUCUUCUGGUGGACUUUCAGCGGAGAAUUGCAAGAGGAGAGGAUUUGGGUGACCUCGCCGCUGAGUACUCAAUUUGUCCUUCCAAACAGGAGGGAGGACUGCUUGGAUGGGUGAAAAAGGGACAAAUGGUCCCUGAAUUUGAGGAAGCUGCAUUUACUGCCCCUCUAAACAAAGUUGUGAGUUGUAAAACACAAUUUGGAUGGCAUUUACUGCAAGUUCUCUCUGAGAGAGAAGAAUGUGUGCUUCGUGAGAUUCAACCGAAGGACUUUCAUGUCAAAUUCCAAGAUCCAGAGUUUCUUGUGGAGGUUCAAUUGAUCGAUGUCCGAGAACCUGAUGAAGUGGCCAAAGCAUCAUUGCCAAGUUUUGAAGUUCUGCCACUCCGUCAGUUUGGAACUUGGGGUCCUGAAAUAACUACCAAACUUGAUCCUCAGAAGGACACAUAUGUUAUGUGCCAUCAUGGGAUGCGGUCAUUACAGGUAGCAAAGUGGCUGCAGAGUCAGGGAUUCCAGAGGGUGUACAACUUGACGGGAGGAAUACAUGCAUAUGCAACCACGGUCGACCCAACGGUUCCCACUUACUAA